AUGUCAAAAGCUCAUCUCUACUACUACCACCACUACUACAUAUCAACAUUACUUCUACUGUUAUCAACAUUCACAGUGGCCGAAACCUUUAAAGGAGGAGGCAUAUUUAAACUGCCAGAACUUAUCGUAUCCACCAACUCUACUUAUCUUCUACGGUCUACUAUAACAGAAUUGAACUGCCAGUUGCACGAUCCUAAUGGGGAAUGGAAAAGAGCAUCAUUGGAUAACAUAUACUGGAUGAAAGAUGGCACUCCUAUUAAAGAACUGGUAGAUGAACAUCCGGAACUCAGUGAAAGCGACGGAGUGUAAGUACUAUAAUAUUAUUAGUAACAAUCCAGCAGAACCUGAAUCUUUUAUAUAUUGUUAUAUACUUUGCAAAACCCCAUAUUUCUAGUCUAAAGAUCAUAAAAGCGACCCACUUUACUGAAGGAGAAUAUCAAUGCUCAUCUAUAGUGAGAAAUAUAAAGUUGGCGUAUGAGACUAUAGUCAACAGCAGGUUAGUAUCAGCCCCAUUGAAGCUACGUCGUGCCAGAAUCACAAAGUUUGAGCGUUAUUCAGCCGAGAAAAUCAGAGUAAAAGCUGGAGAAGUGGCUAGACUACCAUGUUUUGGGCUUCCUGACGUUGUACCAGGUAUGAAAUAUCUUAUACAACAUUUUUGGCUAAAAAUGUAUUUCAAAAGUAGAAAACAAAGUGCCAACAAAGAUAAUUCUUCAAUUGCCAGUUUUAAUCUUUCAACUUCAGGCCCUCCAGAAAUCUGGUUCGAAAAGCAAGGUAACGAAGGUGUUCAACUUGGUCGAACAGGCAAUCAACGUUUCAUUUCAACUCCAACCGGCUUACAAAUCGCCCUAACCCAACCAGUCGAUGCUGGAAAGUACUACUGUAUGAUCCGCAACCCCUACAUGAAUCUGACGAGAGCUGCACCAAAGCCAAUAGAACUGUUAGUAGAGCCAGGACCUCGUUUUAGACGACCAGACCAAGCCAAAAAGCCAGUUAUUGUCUAUCCAAAACAGAAUAACAGCUCAACUCCAAUAGAAUAUCAUGUUGUGGCUGGUCAGACGGCUAUAUUGGAGUGUGUCAUAUCUGAUGCUGUGAUUCGAUGGAACAAACCUGACUUCUCGAUGUCAGAUGUGUCGAUUGACGAUGACAGAGCUAGGGUUCGACAGAUUUGGGGAAAUUUGAGGAUUAAGGUAAGGGUUUUUUAUUUUUGGUUUAGUAUAUCACUAAAAAUUAAUUUGCAACAAAAUUUUUAAAAAUAUUUUUUUAUUACCUAAAUUAUUUUUAAAAUUUAAAAAUCGUUUUAUUACUUAAAAUGUAGGUACUAAUUUAUUAAAAAAGCUGAAAAAAUUUUAAAAAUUUUCAGCACGUCACAGUAGACGACUCCGAUGACUACGUAUGUCACGGUCUCAAAGCUCAUGAUGACAAUGAACUUCGUCGUACAGACCACCCUACUAUAACCUAUCGUCUAAUAGUCCAUGCCCCAACUAAUGUCCGCCUAAUGCUAGCUCAACAAGUUCAUGACAAAUCGUGGCAGCUCUCAUGUUACGCCCACAACUUAUGGUACGAAAUUCCAAUGGUAUACGUGAAUGGACUAGCCUUGAUUGAUGCUAUGGAAGAGAUGGGAGUUGCACCUCAAACCAACUUCUACACCAACCCAAUCAAUGUUACCCUAAAGUCUCAUCACCCUUUAUCUGGCAGUGUACAAUGUAUAUCUAGGCCAGCUAUGGAGGAAGCCGAGAUCUAUGGACCUGGACUGGAACGAGGUAGAUCAAUGAACUUGUACGUUGAUAAGCGACUGAACGUGAAGCCAAAUCUCAUCGUACAAGGUCCAGCAAACGCUACACGAUCCAUGGGUACUCGAGUCCAACUAAUAUGUAUACCACUAGGCGUCAAUGACCUUCAGGUACGAUGGCUAAAGGAUGGUAAUGUGCUCGACAUUGCUGGAAACAGAAGGCUCAGGAUAGUUGGCACGGCUUCUUUGGAGAUUGUUGGUGUAGCCGAAACUGAUGCUGGAAUCUACACGUGUGAAGUGAAUGAUUCUACUGGAGCUCAUCAAAGUCGCCAGAGUGCACGGCUAUCUGUAGCUGCUCAAGGUACCGUACCCAAGCCGAUUCCUGCUCCAGAAAACUCGAAAGAAGAUACGACGGACUUUGUUUCGUUCGAAGUGGCAAAACCAGUGAUAUUCAUGGACGCUGAUCACAAUGCUAGAGUUCAGUGGUCGGUUAAGGUAAGAUUACGUUAGAGAUGGUACAUAAUUCAUUUUAAUAGUUGCUUAUCUUAGUUAUUUAGUACUUUUAGUACCUUUUUAAACUUAAAGUCCUAGUCUAUGUCAAGUAAUGCUAAAUUUCAACUUUCAGGCCUCCCACGAAAAGCACGCCUAUCUCCGUGAAUUUGUAGUGGAAAUCAGACAAAAAGAUCCAAUAAUCGAGAAUUCCUCGACUUUAUGGACAGAAGCUGACCGUGUUCCAGCUCAUGUUCGAGCUACAACUUUGAAGAAGCUCAAUUCCACCAGAAAGUUCCAAUUCAGAGUCAGCGCUCACUUUACCGGAGGAUUCAAUCACAUAUCUUCACCACCAACCGAAUGGAUGGGCUUUGUCGAGCCCAAAAUGGUCAUUCCCUUAUCACCCAGAAUCGCUAGAGUACAGACCGUAUCUCAUGAGUCGAUCCUAGUAUCGUGGGAACAUGUAACUGGGACCAAGUUCAAUAUCCCGGACAAAUUCAUCGUCAACUACAUGGACACUUCCAGUGGUGAGGUCGAGGAAGUUAGAAUCCGAAACAUGACCAAUGAAGUGCUAUUAGAUGAGCUUCUACCUGGUGCUGAGUACCGCAUCACGGUAUUCGCUGAAAACAGUGCUGGUCGGUCAUUGUCAAGUCGACCACGGAUCGCCCGAACUUAUGUUUUGGUCGAAGAACCCACUGCCUGGCGGAUUCUGGGUCUUCACGGUGGAACAUUCCUUUUGAUCGUGUCAUUUCUUAUCAUGCUCAUACCAGUGAUAUGUGCUAUCGUGUUUGCCAUCUGUAGAAAAUGGCAGACAAAUCGACAGAAACCAAGGCUACGUUCCCGACCGAAGAACCGAGCCAUGUCUCCAAAGGCCGACUUCUUCAGUAGAAAGUCACAAGUCUAUCAAGAACCAUUGUUUAUGAACAAUGAUCCUUUGAGUGAACUGUCACCUAUUAACUAUACGGUACAACAAGAUGAAGAAGAUCACUAUGAAGAUCACGAUCUUUAUGCUAACAAACCGUUCGCUGACAUUAGAGGUGGCACGAUGAGGGCUAAUAGGAUACAUGCUAGUGAAUUCUCAUUAAACAGUCCUUCUAGGCAGACUUUUAGGACUCCAAAGCCUAGACAUAGUAAGUUUGAUAUGGCUUGUAGUAUUUUGCUACUAAAUCUUCAAAAAUUAAAAUUUCUUUACCUUUUUCACUAAACUUUUUAAAAAAAUUAAAAUUUCAGAUAUGAACGGCCUAACUGGAGCCACGAGCCUAGCUGGAAUCUUCGCCAAUGCAGCAAUUUACCAAAACCAAAAUAAUCCCAGGCAUGUUCACAUUAUUCAAAACUCGCCUUCAAAGAGUAAUCUGAGCCAUCUCAAAGGACUGCCGACUGCCAGGAGCACAUUAAGUGUCUUUACUGGGAUUGAUGGAAAACCACAGGUAUGUAAACGGAAUUCACAAAGUUUAUGGCAAAAUAAUUUUACAUUUCGACAUAUAACUUUAGUAUUAUAUAAUAGUAAACAACAAACGCAAAAUCAUUUUCUAGUAUAGUACCACAUUUUUCAGUUCACCACAUUAACAUAACAUAACCUACUUUCAGAUCCAACGGGUCCAACACCCCCUAAUGUCCACCUCCCAACACAACUUCCAUUCCUUUGAACCCGUACGUCAAGAUCAUCAUGAACACGCCAAUCACUAUUCAAAUUCCUCCAACAAAUCAUCUCCCAAUGGUUCGGCUGGCUCCCCGACCACUCAAAUGACCAGCUCGACCCUAUUAGGACCUGACGGAAUUUCUCCGCCACCGAACAAAUCCCCACCCCUUCGACAGCUAAGAUCAGCCCAAUCCCAAAUGGAACUGUCCAGUUUUAGGCAUCAACCUUUGAAGACGUUUGGAGGUAUCAGUUUCGAAGAGGAGGGUUUGAUGGAUUUGCCACCAGCUCCUCCCAAUAUCAGGAAUUACCACCACAACGAGUCGGCCUUAACACGAUCACAUUUUGAUGGCUUCAACUAA